UCACACCGUGUACACGAGGGGGGCAUGUGAAGUGCACGCUCGUCCCCACAGCAGGACACUUGAAUAACCAACACCCCUCGACCUGACGCAAGUUUGUAGGAAGACUCUCCACAUGAUCAAACUCAACGCUUCCCAGUCAAAAUUGCAUGCUGGGGUCUCGUUUCCCCCUUUCUACGCCAUACAAACGAAUUCAUUUGGAGUUAUUGGUGUUUGGAGUCUCAAAAGCACAUCUGCAAUGGCUUCGACGCCCUCCGCUUCAGCCCUCUCAGCGGUUCUACGCUGUCAGCGGAACCUCCUCGCCCGAAAACAACCGAACAAGAAGCGGCCUCCGGCGGCGGGGUACGGGCUCGGGAUGACGGCACACGGAGAUUCGCUCAAGGUUUAUUUUCGGGGACUUAUAUUUAACGGGACGCGAGUGGACAUUCCAGGAGUUUUGUCCGCGACCGCGCGACUUUCUCAAACGGGACGUUGGGGGAAAACUUCGCUCAGAAAUAGUGAAGGCGUCAAAAACACCCCGAAGACUGACAGCAGAAUGUUAACUGCCAAAGUAUUAAAGACGAAACAUAUGUCGGACUAUAGUUCUGCCUUCAAAUCUCAAUCUUAUAACGUUUUACCUCUUCCCCUGGAUGGCACGUUACGAAAACAAAACUUGGAUCACAAAACUUACAUUACUUGUCGUAUUUGUGUAGUUUGCGCUCAUAGUAUGAGCUUACUGAACCACACUAAUAUAAACUCGUUGUUUUCACAUGGAUUGCUGUGUUUUUUGAGGGAUACGCUGAUGUAUUUCACUACUGCAGUGGCAGACAGCGUGCGGACGCAACUGAACAUGAACCAGCUUCAUCCGGAUUGUGAUGAGUCAAGCGGAUGCUUCAGAUGUACCUCUAAACAUUUUAGGGACCAGCCUAAGAGGAGCCAAACCUGAGGAAUGAAUGUUCUGAUAAAGACUUUCUGCAUGACAUGCACUUCACAGUUCACACAGACGCACUUUCAUAAAUAUACAGAUGUCAAACAUAAGACACCCAUUUUGAAUUCUGCAUCAAAUUACAUUUAAAAUUGUAUAUUUUUAUUAGUUUAUUUUAAAUGCAAGUGCCUGCUUCAGUAGUCUUUAAAUAUAGACUUUUAAUAUGUCAUCAACAGAUUCUUGUUCAAAAGAUGCCUGACAGGAUGUAAACUGUAAACUAUUGUUACACUUAAUUACAUUGUAUUUAUAGACUUUAUGCUUGAUUUGGCAGCAUUUCGCAGCUGAAUGUCCUCUUAGGGAUAAAGAAAUUGCUAAUGUGCUGAACACAAGCAGCCUUUGUGAUUAUGUAGCUGUUUUUAUGUUUAAACAUACAGAUAAGAAAUGCUGUUAAGUGGACAGGAAAUCAAUGCUGCAGUGCAUGUUUGACUUUUGGUCUGUAAAUAAACAGACCACUUGUUUUAGUGGCCAAAUCGCAGAAGUCCUGAUAUUCAUUAAAUAGCACUCUUGCUAAUUAACAAAAA